AUGUCUGACCGCGAGGGAUUCGGAGGGGAUGACGAGCAUACCCUCCCCAAGGCGACCGUCUUCAAGCUCAUCUCUGAGAUGCUGCCUGAGGACCUGAGCUGUGCCAAGGACACGAAGGAGAUCAUCGUUGACUGCUGUGUCGAAUGGAUCAAGCUCAUCUCCGCUCAGAGCAACACAGUGUGCGAGGAGAGCAGCAAGAAGACGAUCUCGCCCGAACACGUCAUUGAGGCUCUGAAGCAGCAACUCGGCUUCGAAUCGUUCAUCCCCGAUACAGAGGACAGCCACGCCGAGUUCAAGCAGAGCCAAAAGCGCAACCAGCCGGACACGAACGGCAUGACGAACGAGCAGCUCGAGGCGCUGCAGGAGGAGUUGUUCAAGAACUCGCAAGCGCGCAUGGCCGCCGCGGCAGAGUAA